CUCUAUUCCGGCCGGAGGGACCAGACACACCGAGUAUUUAUUAAUAGAGAUUAAACUCCGCGUCGUGUCGUGCCGUGUGCAAGAGCUCUCCCGCGCAGGACGCACGCCGCUAGGGCAGUCUGACUCAGACCGUGGUCCAGAAGACGAUUUCCACCGAAAUAAACACGAAACUCGUGUCUAGAGAAAGAAGGAAAGAAAGAAAGAAAGAAAGAAAGAAAGGAGGAAGAGAGAAAGAGAGAGGAAACGGUAGUAGAAUACUCCUCUCCGUUAAGUAACAACAGAUAAGAAACCCUUUGGGAAAAGCGUGUAUACCCAAAGCGGAUUACGAUAAACUUCGAGUGCUUUUGACAUUUUCGAAUCAGUGUUAAAGUAUUCGCCUUUCUAUCUUUCUCUCUUUUUUAUUCUUAGUAAACGGAUAAAAGAUAUUGUUAAAAAACGUUCUUGACGUUUUUAUUUCUUUACGUGCUUUAUUUUAUAUCUACUUUGGAAGUGUGUGUAUAGAUAGUGUGUACACAUAUAGAUAUUCAUUAUGAGUUAAGUUUCUAUAUGUGCACGUUUUUAGUGCGGGUUUAGUGCGCGUUUAGUGCGUAGACCAAAGACGACUUACUGCACUGUGACGGAUACGCCGGCUGCACCCACGCACUAAACGGAUACGAGAAUUUUGUCUAAUGGACGUCGUUUAAAUCAAACGUUCGGUAUCUCCUCGCCUGGAGAUCGCGGAGCACCGUAGUGCGUUUAACGCAUGGAUCGACUUUUUUAACUCUGAUAAACGUCUCCUAGAAACAGCCUCCGAUACUUAAGGAGUUAAGGGACUACUGGAAUUUUGAAGUUCGCCAGAUGUUUCUCCUUCGAGUUCUAUAGAACAAAUAGUAUAAAGUAAGUAUAAGGAAAGAGUGAAGUGUAAUGUUACAAUGUUACUUCGGUCUUUGAGCGAACUUCCGUGUAUGAAGUGGAACACGAUGUAAAAAAUAAAAGAAAAAACGAGAACGAGAAACAGAGAGAUAGGGAAAAAGUGCAAAACAGUAUUUGAAAAACCGCGUUUUGGCACAGACUUUGAUGUCGUGUAGCGACAGAGCAUAAAGGAAACGUGACGAGUGUAACCCGAUGUGAUGUACGCUAGUGAGAAAAGUAUCGCUAUGCUGUAAAAGUGCUAGAACGACAAAACCGCAAAGAUUGACAAAUGAUGAUAGUGCUUCUGCUGUGCGUCAUCAUGAAGAUAGCAGAAUUCUCUGCUGGUCGCGUGAGUCCGUCACUUCAACCAUCGCGACGUCGACAACGGUCACGAAAAAGACCACCGCCAUCACCACCGUUGCAACAACAACAUGAACAACAACAAUCACCCUCCUUAUCCUGUCACAAACGACAGGAUUGGAAUUAUUAUCGAGUUCCAUGCGAUAAAUGCAUGUACUUUCUCCAAAGACAAUGUGCAGGCAAAGGAGCUGCAGUCAUGGAAGAUCCGCAAACACCAGGAUCGGAUUGCAAUUCCAAUCCUGCAACAGAUUCUAUGCAGCAGGACCUUAUUGGUUCAGACUUUAUACAAGACAAUGUGGAGUAUCAGUGGUGUACAGAUUAUGGAUACAGAGAUGGAGGAUUACAUGUCCAUCCAAGUGUUCUGUCUUCGCUCUCUGCAUCAUAUUCUCGGGAAGAUGUGGGUUAUUAUGAUGACUUGUCUCGUAAUUUGGAUGCUAAUUUAGCAGAAAUUGAUAUGGAAAGUUUUCGUAGUGCAGACAUCCACACUCUUCUUACCGCUUUACCAGUUAUGUGUACUGAUCCAGUCCAACAUUCAGAGUUUAACUAUCAAAGGGAACGUUAUGCCAGCAUAUCUGGCUCCGUCAUGGAAAAACUUGACAUCGGUUCUUCAAUCAGCCCACACACCAGCAGCCAGGGAGAAGAAUCUGCUUGUUCAACAACUGAUACAAUGUCUAUAUGCAAAUCAUCAUUAUUAUUCUCUCCUGUGAAAGAAACACCUGUGCUACCACCAGCAGGUAGUUACAGUGUAGAUUCAUUGGACUGUGAAGAUAUGCUGUUAACUUGUCAAGCAAAUAAUAAAAAUAAUUAUACUAUUGCUUUUGAAGGUAGUAUUACAAUGUACUCUGAUAGUUCUCCAGAUUUUGAAAAUCAAGAAAAACCAGAAACAUACGAAGUACCAGAAACUUAUUACAAAAAAAAGGGGGUGCGAAGAAAUAUAUUAGAUUCGUCGAUGGUGUGUUCUGAUUCUAAAAUAUACACUACUUGGAGUAAUUUAAAACAUUCUUCCAUGAACAAGGUUAUAACUCGACAUCCUUCGGGCAAUAACAAUACCAUUCCAAAUUUUUUACAUGGAACAGGAAAUACAACUAUAUCUAUGAAUAAAAGGAGUCAAAGCCUACCAGAUCUUACACGAAUUCAAGAAUCACCUGCUAAUAUUCAUCUAAACUUUUCUGUUGAUUCUGCUGAAUCAAAUAACCAUCCAUUACAAUCACACAAUUCAGGCUCCGCAAUGAGCCGAUCUGUAAAUGAAGAAAAUUCCGAUGGUAGCGGAAAUAUUUCUUCUGGGAAAAAGUUACAAAACUUAAGCCUAGUAAAAUUGUUUAUGAAGCAAAAGAGUAUGAGCGCUGAAGGAAUGAGUCUUACUUUGGAUCAAUCUGACUCUAUCAGUGAUAGUGGUUGGCCUACAAGCAAUAGUGCUAGUGAUAGUGGAACUAAUACGAAUACACAAAUACAGCGACAAAAUAUAAAUACAUGUACUCGUCCACUUCCUGAGAAAGAUUUUUCUAUAAAUUGGGUUCGUAGCGAUUGUUAUAAUAAUAAAGAAGUAGAAAGUCAAAAAGAUAAGUUUGCUGACAUUCCAAACAAUUUUACAAACAAUAAGGAAAAUAAGGAUGACAUGAUUUCAUCUGCCUCGGUCGAAGAAUUGUCGGAAAGCAUAACUAAAUCAGAACUCGUACAUGACAGUGAUAUCGAACAAAUAGAUUUUGAAGUUUCACAGGAUGACUUGGAAUGCCAUACAAAAAAUUUACGAGUUUUUCAGACGGAAAAUAAAUCUGUAAUAUCUAAAACAACAGGAAUUCAAGCAAUGGUCGAAACAGAAGAUAACGAAGUGCAAACGUCACUAAUUUACAAAGUACCUGCAGAAAAAGAUAGCCCUUCUAUACGGGAAACGAUAGUUAAUAAAAGGCCUGUUUAUGUUAUAUAUCCUAAUUAUACGUUACCAGAUCUUUCAUUUCUUAAUAUUAAAGAUACGAAAUUGGACAAUGUUGCAUUAAAGCCUCAAUGUUAUGAUAAAAGUAAACCAGGAUGGAAACAUUCAAAUAGAUGUAACAGACCAUUCUCUUGUAACGAUAUCGAUGCGCUUAAACAACGUGGAUUUUCACACGUUAAGGAUUGGGAGUCGCUAACAUUCCUUUUACCUACUGAAUAUAAAAAAAUAUUACAUGAUGUGCCAGAAGUUUCAGAGCAUAUCAAUAUCAAUGAACAAACUAAAAAACCAUUGUUUUGUUUAUCUCCUCCAAUGCGACAUAAAACAAGACCAAUAAGUGAACUUAUACCAAAUAAUACUUCCUCAACUAGUAGUACUGCUACACAACCAUCUUCUGGGUAUCGAGGCUCAUCUACUAUCUUGACGGAUUCCUCUACAAACCAGCAACUACUUUCUAAUAACGUAGCUAAUCCAUUAUACCUGUAUCGCUAUGAUAGCAUUAGUUCUGAAGCAAGUUUAGUCAGCAAUGAUAAGAAAAUGCAUAGGGCUGUUAAUCAAGCAAAGCAGACCUAUCCUAACUUACCUAAACGAUCCAUUUCAUUACCUUAUGGAGAUAGAGAGUCUGAUUGCUGCAAUGGCAAAGUACCACCAAGACCUCCUUUACCAAGAAGUAUCUUAAGAAAGAAUAAAGUUCCCACAAGUAAGAGAUACAGUAUGUUUGAAAUGGGAGGAGUGGAAGAGGUAGAAGAUCAAUGUCCUGAACCAAAUAAAAGAAUGUCAUUACAAGAACCAUAUUAUAUGAAUAAUGAUUUACAACUAUUAUGUCGCGGAAGAAUUAUUGAUUCAGAAAAAGACGUUGACGAGACAGAGGAAAAAUGUAAUACAGAGAGACUGAACGAAGUUGUUAAUAAUACAAACGUAGAUUAUGAAACUUCUCAAAAUAGCGAAGAUGAUGUGAAGCAAUUAGAAGAAUUUUUAAAACGUAGUGGUUUAUCGUCAGAAAGUAGCGAAGGAGAUAAUGAAGAUCCCGAAGUUAAAUUGAGAUCGUACGUGAGAAAAUUUUUAGCUCUUAGAAUGAACAAGGAUGUAGUCAAAAAUAUUGAUAUGGCUGAAUCACAAAAAAAGACUGUCAGUUUUGCUUUACACGAAAGAAAACGAUACUCGGACGAAAAGCCAAAUAAUUUAAAUGCUCCAACUAAUGAGCACAACAAAGAUAGAUGCUUUCAAGAUCCAAAUAAAGAAAUUAAUCCUGAAAACAAAGUGGAUUUAGAAGAAAAAAGAAAUAUGAUAUCAUCCACGAGCAAAGCUGUUGAUUUAUUACUCAAAUAUUGGAAUGCUGAACCUACUAAUGGUCGACAGAAUUAUAAUGAUAAAAAUGAAUGUGCACAACUUUGUUUAAGUAAUCUCUGUCCAGCUUUGUAUGCUAUAAUGUCAGAUGGUCUAAAACCACAUUUGCAAUCUACUUUUGGUCCAAUAGCAAACAGUGUAUGGCAAGUUGUUGAAGCUUCUGCUCAGCAAGGACCCCUUACAAAAACAUUGAACGAGUUAGUCCAAAAGAUUAAUGGCGAAGAUAUUAUUACUGAGGGAAUGCUUAAAUUUCAUGCAUUUGUAUUUGGUCUGUUAAAUUUGAGGGCUUUGGAUGCUUGGUUUGCAUAUUUAUGUACAAGAGAAUCGAUUUUACGGAGACAUUAUAACAGUAAUAGUUUAUUUACCGGAGCAUUAGGAAAUACCGACGUUCGAGAAGUUGUUGAUAGUUUAUUAGAUAUUUUACAUCCUCUAGCAUUUUGCCCAUUUCAGCUUGAUCUUUUAUACCAAUAUCGACAAUUACAUAACAGUUUUGGUAAUAUGAAUAAUUAUAAUAUAAAUGGACUAAAUUUUAGAAAUGUUGACUUACUUCAAAAAGAUCAUCAUUUUGAAAAAGCAGACAAUUGUGGAACUGUAUUAAGUCCAAGGAAAAUUCGUCCGCGGUCUUGUGUUAAUGUUUAUAAUGAUUAUGACGAUAAAUCUAACGUUGCACAUAAAACUGAUCUUGAAAAUGUUGUAAAAAAACGUUUUAGCAACACUGUCGGGACAAAAGUAUUGCAUGGUUUAGAAAAAUUAGCUUCUGAAGAUUCCGAAGAUUAUACUGAUAGCCUUGAACAUUCUCCAUUGAAUAGAGGAGCAACAAAACAAACGAUUCCUACUAAAUCAUUAAGUCCAGAUUCUAAAAUGGAUGAUGAAGAUACGAUUACCGGAGAAGCUAAAUUUAGAAAACUACAAGAGAAAUGGGAAUUGAUGGUUGGAAAAGAAGAAACUGGGAAAAACCAAUCGGGACCGACAUUACCCUUGUCGCCUAUGCGAACACCUGCAAAUUUGGGAAAAUCAAAAAUACCACGACUUUUAACAUCACCUAUUAAACAGCCAAAUGUAGCAAUAGGAUCUGUAAAAACUGUUAAGUCUCCUAUCUCUGGAAUACCUUCUUUGAAAAAACCGGUUACAUUGUCAACUACCAAAACAGUAUUAAUGAAACCAAUAGAAACAAGGGGGAAAGGUAUACAAGAAACUCGACGUACGAGUCGUGUAGAUCAAGACGUAGUCGGAACAUCGCGGGCUCAUUUGUCACGACCUAGCUCUUUACCUUAUAAAUCCUAUGGAGUUAUGUCGAAAGAGAAGAAUCUCCUAUCUCCUCAAAGACGAGCUGCUUCCACAUCUCUACCAAGGCCAAAUACAGUUACACGAAAUCCUCCGAGGAAACAACCGCUAAAAGAGGUUCGCACAGUUACAAAUAGGGUACCAUCGAGUAAUGGGCAUCUCUCAUUUGCAGAAGGUGAAAGAUUGAAAGUUAUAUUAGAAAUUGAUAAUAAAUGGUUAUUGUGUGCAAGAGGUGAUAGAAAAGGUUUGGUUCCAAGAAUGUGUGUGCAUACUAUUCAGACUUAGCCCUUCUAUUGAUAUUAAUGAGAUUCUUGAGUAAAUUGAUUAAGAAGUGAAAGUGAUGUGCUUUGAACGAAUGCAAAAAAGAUUAAUUAAAUGGUGUCGUAUGUACAGUGUAUUAAAGAAAAGGCAUAGUAUAUGAUUUUGAAAUUAUAAUUUAGUGAUGUUGCUUGCGAAGUCACUGUUUAAAGCUUCGUUUGCAUAGAUUCGUGAUAGUAUUACCACUCAUAAUGCCAUUGACAAACCAGCCCGACCGCUUUUCAUUUCUGGUCUGGCCAGCGCAGCGACUUCUGGACCCUUGCGAAAAGCUUCGCAUUUUCACAAUAUUGACGGCCGCCAUGGUCAACUCUUUACGUUUGUCUACCCAUUUUCGAUCUGAUCCCUGCUGGGACUUGCGCACCCCCAGACCUCCCUUAGUUUUAUCAUUAUGCUAAUUAUUACGCAUUACCAUUACAUUCAUAUUACUAAUUUUGCAUAAUAGCUACACUUGUUUUACUUGUUUCGCUUUUAUGCAUUAGGCACGACCGCUACUAUACACAAUAUUUUAAUGUUAAAAUAUUUCAAUUAAAUUAAUGAUUGAAAAUUAUUUUAAGAAUUGAACAAUUUAUUUAAAAUUUUAGGUAGAAUUUUAUGUUAUAAUAGAUAAAGGAUAGAAUUCUAAUUCUAUCAAAAAUUUUUCUUUUUGAUGACUAUAUAAAGACACUCCCUGAUGGUGGUAGUGGUCGUGACUAAAAAAUAUUAGAGGUACUGCUAGUCAUAAGCUUUUAAAACCUCAUUAUAUUUAAAUGAACAUAUACCUAUUUAUAACUAAAAUGUACAUAUAUACAGUAAUAUGAUGAUAAAGACACAACGGUCAUAUAUAAUAUAAUAACUUAUAAUAUUAUGAAUGUAACUGUGAUCAUAGCAAAUAGGUGCAUAAGUUGAUUGAUGCGAAUGUGCGAAAAAACUUCGUUUGAUUUUUUAUGUAAUUUUAAUAUUUCAAUCACGUCCAAUCUUCAUAAAACAUCAAUAUAUCGGUUUUAUUUAGCAUAUAAAUUAUUACCAUGUCGUGCGCUUAUGAAUCGCAAUAAUCACAUUUUUUUACUUGCUUCAUGUAUUUCUUAGUAUGUGACAGCAUACAGUGUAUUCAAAUAAAAUCUAUUAUAAUGACAUAUAUAUCACUGUACAUUUCUUUGCGCAGUGAUACGUUCCCUAUAGCAUAUUUUAAAAGUAUGAUAAAUAUUAAUAUAAAUAGAGAGCAAUGAUAAUAAAUAUUAAAAAAAAUAAGAACUAUUAUAUAAAUUCCACUACCGAAGGAAUUACAAUUUUUGCAGAAAUGGUAUAACAUUCUUGAAUAUUGUUAUGUUUUGUAUUUUUUGUCAUCAUAUAAAAUUGAUAUGCCCUAAUAGAAUAUAUUAAAAAUUUUGUUCGUGAAUAAAACAAUAUUAUGAGUACUGUACCUUUACAUUUUACAAAGAGAUAAAACAAGUUGCUUGAAACAUAUCUGCCUCACACCAUUUUAACAGCAUUAUUCGUAAAUAAUAAACUGUGUAUGUUUGUAUAUGUAUAUAUAAAUAAAAUAUCCAUGUUUAUAAUAUUA